UUAUUAUUGUAUUUUGAUUAAGAGGUUAUGUUUUUGCCUAAUUUUAUUUGUCAUGAAAAUAGUAAAUACAUUAAUGUAAAGUGUAACAUUUAAUGUAUAAGAUAAAAUUAUGUCUGCAUCUAAAGCAGAAAUUUUGAAAUUAUAUAAGAAUCUAAUGCUUUAUUCAAAGUCCCUGCGGUUUACGGAUGUAACCUACUACAAAAAAAGGAUAUCGAGUGAAUUUAAACGUAAUAAAAGUUUAAGUAAACCGGAGGAUAUCCAAUACGCACUUAAGAAAGGAGAAGCCUUGCUUCAACGUGGUGCCAUUGUCUAAAAUGCAGAGUAGAGGGACUUACAUGUUAAUCCAAAGAAGUAGAGCAUUAUUCAAUAUUUGUACAGCAUCAAAGCACACUAUAGACUAUUCAAAAGUUCCAAAAAUAAAUGAAGGUGACCUGUCAGAACAAUUUGUUAGGGGAAGUGGUCCAGGCGGUUCUGCUGUGAAUAAAAAUGCUAAUUGUGUUGUUCUGACACAUGUACCCUCUGGGUUGACUAUAAAGUGUCAUAUCAGUAGAUCCCAAGAUGAGAAUAGAAAAAUGGCGCGAGAAAUGUUAAUCGCGAAAUUAGAUGUAAUCAUCAAUGGUGAAGACAGUGUAGCAGCACAGAAAAAAAGAUUAGAAGCAGAUAAGCAUAAGAAAGCAGAUUAUAAAAAGAAAAAAAGAGCUCAACUUAAAGAAGAAUGGAAAAAACGUGAAGGGUUAGCAUAGCUUUAAUUGUCAA